UACGCGGGACGAUUGAUGGUUAACUUUAAUGCCAACGCAUUAAUAUACAAUGCAGAAAAAUAUAUACCAUAUUUAUUUCAUGGAUCCUGUUUUCAUUUUUGCAUGAGAAAUCUGACCAUCACAAAAACGCUGUCCAUGCUUCAUUUACUAUACUAGACUUUGCUCUCCCCUCACUUUAUUCUCUCUUUCCCUACAAGUUUCCUCACAGAUUGAACAAAAAGGAGAGGACAGAAAGAGAUAGAGAUCAGAAUUGAAGAAAGGAUGGCGGCCUCGUUCUCAUCAUCUUUUAGGCUUUUGUGGAUUAUGAUGCCGCUUUUUCUGGUGGCGGGUUUGGCGGUUUUCUCCGGCCCUCGGAAUUCCUUUUGGCUCUUCGCUUCUCCCUUCCUACACGGCCGCGGUGGGGUCUUCAAUGGCUCUUCAACUCCCCAGGCACAAGAAACUUUCCGUCCAAACAAUUCGUCGGAAACAUCAUCAUCAUCAUCAUUGAGAAGGUACAGCAAGUUAGAGAUGUUGGAAGCUGGACUUGCGCGAUCUCGAGCUUCAAUACUAAGGGGAAACCCAGCAAAAGAUGACGACUUCAUACCUAAUGGUCCUAUGUACUGGAAUGCCUCGGCUUUUCACAGGAGCUAUUUGGAAAUGGAGAAAACACUGAAGGUGUACGUGUACAAGGAAGGGGAUCCCCCAGUAUUUCACUUUGGUCCAUGCAUGCAUACCUAUGCAAUCGAAGGCUAUUUCAUUCAGGCAAUGGAUAUCACUCCCUUCAGAACCUCUGACCCAAACCAGGCUCAUCUCUUCUUCCUCCCCAUCAGCGUUACCAUGUUGACGCAUGUGGUUUUUAUUCGUGAAUCCCAUAGCUGGACUGAAAUGAAGAACACUGCCUUCGAUUAUGUUAACGUUAUUGCCCAUAAAUACCCCUUCUGGAAUCGGAGUCUUGGCGCUGAUCAUUUCAUGGUUGCUUGCCAUGACUGGGGGCCAGAAAUUUCAUUUGCGGUACCAAACCUACACAACAACUCCAUCCGGGCACUAUGCAACGCCAACACCUCAGAAAGAUUCGACCCCAAGAGGGACGUCUCCAUCCCGGAAAUCCAUCUCCCACACGGCACAACCAAGGGCCUUCUGGGCGGCCCAUCUCCGUCAGAGCGUAGCGUGUUGGUGUUCUACUCCGGCGGCCUCCACGGCCCGAUACGCCCAAUCCUGAUGCAACACUGGGAGAACAAAAGCGACGAAGACGUCCAAAUCCAUAGCUACCUUCCCAAGGGGCUUUCCUACUACGGCAUGAUGCGCAAAAGCAAGUACUGCAUCUGCCCAAGCGGCUACGAAGUGGCCAGUCCCAGAAUGGUGGAGGCGCUCUACAUGGGCUGCGUCCCCGUGCUCAUAAAGGAGGGAUACAUUAUUCCCUUCAGCGACGUGCUGAACUGGAAGGCGUUUGCGGUGAUUAUUCCGGUGAGGGAUAUUCCGAACCUCAAGAAAAUCUUGACGGGGAUUUCCCAGAUGGAGUAUUUGAAGUUGCAAAUGAGGGGCAUCAAGAUGAGGAGGCAUUUCGAGAUUAACAAUCCUCCCAAACGCUAUGAUGUCUUCCACAUGAUUCUUCAUUCUAUAUGGCUUAGAAGACUCAAUAUUCGUGUUCGUGACGAUAUUCAUAAUCUUUCUUGAUUUUGGUUUUACUACUAAUGCUUUUGUAUUCAUUUUGGUGGUUUUGUUUAACCCUAAGGGGCGUUUGGUUCACCAGAUAACUCAGGUAAUGAGAUUACCACCUCCAAGAAGGUAAUUUGAGAUUCUAGAAAUGUAAAAUAGUUGGAUUGUUGUGCUUGGUUUGGAUAAUUGUGAAAUAUAAUAUUACCUUGUUUGGUUAAA